CAACCUUUCCGAGCUCGAGGGUCGAGGGGACUUGCCACCAACGCCCCCAACUCCCGCGACAGCAACAAUCCCUUCACAAUCGCGGGAUACAUUUAUGUCAUCGACUUUCCCAAACAUAUAUUUCACGCUCAUGACUGUAUAACGGACCGUUGCAUGCUUCGCACAUCUGCUUCGGCUGGCCGCUGCAAUGGAGAAGAAGAGGAAGCUGCCGGCGCGCGCUGCUGCUAGAGCCGAGCAGGCCGCUAAGAGAAGGACCAUGACGCCUCCGCAGAGGUCAACAACUCCAGCAGCUGCACCCGAGCCCGAACCAACUCCUGCCGAAGACCUCCCUCCACAACUGCCAAAAUCAAUCAGCGCCGGCAAGCCGUUGCCCACGGUCGACUCUCCACAGCCCGACGACCUCUCAAGCAGCGAAUAUCAGACUGUCACAGAAAGUGGUGUUCUUGCCGAGUCUUUAUCCCGGUCGAGGCAGAGGUGGAUAACGGAGGGUAUCUUCGAGAAGUAUUGGUCGAAACCUACCAAAAGAAAGGGGGUCGUGAUCGAAGAGCCGAAUAAUCCGCCGAAGGAAAGCAUGACCAAACUCGGUCAAGUAACGAUUACCGUAGAGCCGCACGUCUUCGAGGCGACCAUGUACGCCGUCCGAGAUCCGAAACCACCUCCACCGUCUACCGAUAGACCCAUCGUACAAUACGGACCGCCGGGGGGCGUCAUGCCUCCUCCGCCUACGCCUACACCGAAGUCCGCGACGCCUACAGGCUCGUCAACUCCGAUUCCAGUUCAGUCCCAACCACAGCCCCAAGUUAAUACCCCCGCGGAGACGAAGCCAUCGACGCAAAUACCAGCACUGGGCGCUUCGCAUACGCCCACAACACAUACGACGCAACCUGCCGUUGGCCAGUCGGUACCAGAGGUAUCGCGCCAAGCUCAGGCUGUUCCAGCAACGGGACCGAGACCUGUUGCGUCGCCACGGGGGAUGGAGUCAGUCCUCUCGCCCAGCACCGUAACACCAAUGGUGCCACAAAGCUCCCCCGCAAUCCACACGCAACCGCCUCAAUCAACGCUCCCUCCCAUCCAAUCACCUCUAGCAAGGACAUUCACCCCAACGACAGGUCCCACUCGACCUCCGAACUCAGUUGUCAACAACCCUCCUCCUACUGGGGCGCCGCCUACGCCAUCUGCUGGCACACCAGCAAAGACUGCUCCGGGCACCGAUCCCAUUAUUCUGAUGCUGGCCGAGAAAGCCGGGACAGAUCCUCAGCUCCGCGAACUUAUGAAGCGCGUUGCUCAGGGGGACGCCGCGAAACCUGAACUCGAGCGGUUCCAGGCCAUUAUUGAUGCCAUCUCCCUCGAGACCAAGCGGAACGGAAGCACAACCGUGCCCUCCGCCGAGCGACUCCUGGUUGACGGGAAGACGGUGCAAUAUUUCGCUGAUGAAGUGCGCGCCAUCCUCGAUAUUGUGCUUUCGUCAAAUCCCAAACAAACCUCUGUCGACCUCCGGCCGCCAGUAGGCAGCGAUCCCCUAGUUGUGAUGCUGGUCAAAGCGGCGCUGGACGAUCUCCGAUUACGGGACACGGUGCGGCGUAUCGCCGAGAACAAGCCGCACUUCUCGGACGCAACCGAUCUGAAAGUCAAACUGGACAACCUCCGCUCCAAGCUCGUUAAAGACCGUGAACCACAACGGGUGCCGUUAUCAGCGUCCCCCUCUCCAGCCCCCACGAAGUCGAAUGGCCCUCCCGGCAGCCAUCCAGCCCCUUCCGGAGGAACAUCGCAGAGCCCCGCGCCACAGCAAGCUCUUCGGUCUAAGGGGCCACCACCACCACCUAAACCAGACAUCUCGGCAGUUGUGUUCGAGUUCGCCGGCGGAACAGGCGACCGGUACCUGUUCCCCAAAUUCAGCCUCCUGGAGUACGUACAAGUCCCUUCCGGGCAGCAGGUGAUCGCCUCGUUCCUGCUCGUCCGCAAGGGCAGCAAGGCCGAGUACCCCCUGGCGGAUCCCGAGCUGGACUACUACGAACCCAUGACUAUUCGACUGUUCGCCCACACGGGCCGCCAUCUCGAACACCUGGCACGAGUGGUGGCGCCGCCUGAUGAGGUGAGGCGGUACAUGGACGAUGUCAUGGCCAGGAUGACGAGGGCCGAAUAUAUCCUUCUGGCUAUGAGGUUGCCGAGGGGUAACAAGGCAGAAGAGGAGAGGGGGAAAGAGGAGGAGAGGGAGGGGAAGCAAAUUCUUAAUGCAAGCGGAGCGGUUGGUAAGGAGAAAGAGACAGAGAAAGGGAAAGAAAAGGAUAGCACGGUGGGGGCAAUGGCGCAGCCGCCUCAAGUGCUGUGGACUACGAAACCGGCGAAGCAGGAGAUACGGGAUUUGCCGGGCCAGAAUAAAGGACACGCAAAGACGGCCGAUGACGACGAGGGGUAUCAGCAGUUUAUCGCUUCGGUCACUCCAAAAAGGUCCGAGUGAAGGGGCGAACUUGAGCUUGGGCGUCGGAUAAAUGUAACGGUCUAGUCCGUCUCGGUUUGGCAGCUAGGAGGCUUGUGUUUGGGUCGGGUUUUAUAGAGGAAGCGAGCAGCGGUGCUUUGAUUGAUUCUUGUCCAGCUUCGGUAUCCGUCAUGGCUAUAGCGACGGGCUUUGUUACUAGUACUAUGCUGGACCGGGCUUGCUUCCGGGUUAUGGAGAGUUCGGUUCUUUACAUUCAAUUCGGGUUCGGGCUGGGGAUACGGGGUGUCAUGAGCGGAGUUCCUGGUGUGCUAUAGUAGUUAUUGCUAUUAUCUACCUAAGGCUACUAAUACCUACUAGGUAGGAUCACCUCAACAGUCUUAUCUGAUCCUUGGGUUUCUACUUCAGCACUCGCAUUGCCGCCAGGGACACUGAGUCC